UUGGCAAAGUUUGACGUGCCGGCUCUCAUAGCUCAGACGCGCCUGAUAGAAAGCAGUAAACUAUGCGAGAUAUGUCUCAGUGACUGAACAGAAUUUAUCCUCUCCGCAGCGAUAAGAAGUUCGGCGCCUGUGAGCUCCUGUGUGACCGUGAACGCAACUAUAUCACCCUCCACCUGCACUUAAUUGUUUCGGAGUUUUGCUCUCGGUGUCUGUGGGGCGCGUAACUUCCAGUAGAGGACAAGCACUGGGAUUUUGGGGCACUCCGGCACAGGACGGGACAUCGUGUGCGCCAGGCGUCAGGCAGAGGAGUCAACAAGUGGCUCUCAUUUGCGGGAAGAGGAGGGAGAUUAUGAAAGAGUCAAGUUGCUAAAUGGAAAGUUAGUUUGGACUUUCUCAGUCGGUAUUUAAAGUCAGUGAUAGUUUGUUUGAGCCUUUGGAAGGUUACGCGGACAGAGUUUUUAAGUGUUUACGCAUUUGUUAUCAGCAUGAGUGGACCGGUGGUUUUCCAGAUGUGGAUGGUUUUAUUGUUGGGGACUAUAACAGGGGUCGCGAGGGCUCAGGUCUCUACUGCCAAAGUGAUGAGGGGCAACAUCAGGAGAGACGACAGCAAUCGCCUCACCACAGACUUGUACCGCAAGGAGGAAAACAUCACAGUCACGCCCGUGGGUGGAGCCAUCCACAGCCCACGCUACCCCAACGCUUACCCCCGCAAUCUGCUGUUGUCAUGGAAACUGCUGUCGCCACCAGGGAGCCGCAUUCACCUGGAGUUUGACGGACACUUCGGUCUGGAGGAGGCUGAGAAUGGAGUGUGCAGGUAUGACUUUGUGGAAGUGGAGGACCAAUCCGAGACCAGCACUAUAAUUUGGGGUCGCUGGUGUGGGCAGAAGGCACCGCCUAGUCUCAACUCCAAAACCAACCUGCUCAGAGUCACCUUCAAGUCUGACGAUUACUUUGUUGCAAAGCCAGGAUUCAAAGUCUACUACUCACUGCUGUACGACUCUCCUCUGCCUGCAUCCAACACCAACUGGGAGGCUGUCACCAUGCCCAUGUCGGACAGUGUUGUAGGGCAGAUGCCAGUCACAGUCACACAGGUUCCGUUCUCACUGGAGGAUUUGGACCGGACCAUAGCUGCCUUUGACACUGUGGAACAGCUCUUCAGAUCCCUGAGCCCAGACACCUGGAGACAGGACCUGGACAGCAUCUACACUCAAACACACAUACAUUACAGAUCCAGGGCCUAUCACCUGGCAAGCAGACAUAAUAAAGGCACCCAGUCCAUUGCCACACUCGCUGGUCUCUCUCUUGGCAGUCGGAGUACGUGUCCAGCCAUUCUUCUUCUCCUGUCAGAGACCAUGUCAGACAGCAGUGACAGUGACACCCUGCCCUUCUCAUCACCUCGUCGUUGGUGAUGUGGUCUUGCCAUGAGAUCCUCAAGAUGGUUCUGAGGCAUCGUAGGUGGAAGACAUCCAACAUGUUGGUAAUGCUGGCAGUCCUCAUCCACGUCUCACAGGCGUAGGUCCCUGUUGGAAUGACCACUGACAUAUACAGGUGUGGCUUGAUGGCCGUAGUGAUAGCUUUGGACGACCAUACGUUGCGGAGCCGAUGGAACACUCCUGCAGCUUUGCCGAUUCUCAAAUCAGAGAAUCGAGAAUCAGUAAUUACAGAUGUCCUCUGAUUUCUAUCCAGCCCUUUCUAUCUUCCAAUGACUUUGGGAAUUUUGGUGUGUUCACUAUAAAAUUACAAAUACCCUACCUGUAUUUUGGGGUUUUCAUGCAACACAUACUUUUCCAGUUGAAGCUCUUGUUUAAAUUCUGCAUAAAUAUCAUACCAUGUCAUGAUUUGGUACCCGCUCCUUUACAUCAAGCUCUGAACUACCUUGGGAGGCAUAAACAAACAUUACAAAUGAGAGACACUUGUCAUGACUCUUGACAUCCUCACAAUUCUGUCAUCAACUGUCACUUGUUAAAAAACUGGCUGCUUUUCUCUUAAAUAAAAACAGAAAUGAUGGGUUCUCUGUCACCUGUACUGUUCACAUUUGAAGGAGAUGCAGGGGAAGAAAAUGAUUUGGCUGUGAGCAAAGGUUUGUCAGGCAUAGCAGAAUGCUGGGUGUGUACUGCAGUCCGACUGCGUAUGAUGAGAUGAUUUUUUAAAUGCUUAAUAGUUUGUGUUACACCAUAUAAUAGUAAGUUAAGGCAGUUGUUAUUGUGUCUGUGGUCAAAUGAAGAAUCACAUUUUGUCCCGUUUAUCAUUACAGACAUAAUUCUUAGAUGCCAAAUGUGCUAAAGAAAAAUAACUAUUGCAUUCCCUCAUGGUAUAAAUGGCUUGGAUAUUUGAAAAUAAGCCUAAUUUGCUAUAUUCUGGGGGAAAAAAAUAUACCUUGCAUUAAAUACAUUAUUUUUUAUUCAUAUUCCAUGAAGUCUCUGAGGCUGUUGUUGUUUGUUUAAACAUGACACAGGCACUGUUUGGAUCAGUUGUCCUCGUUUAACCUGUUUAUACUCACACAAAUGCAGACAUAAUCCACAUAAUCCACUUUUCAUUUAGUCAACUGUAUUAGGAUGUGCACACAGCAACUGUCUCUAUGACAGAGUGCAGGGAUCUUGGAGGAGCAUGCAAACACAGAUACAACACCUCACACAGAAGCACGCUCAUCCAUUUCUUUUCUAUACGCCUGUUAUAUCUAAUCUUAGGUCAUACAUAAAUGCAUACUGUAAAAGUGGGCAAUUUUACCACUUAGAUGGAACCACGAUCAAUGUCGUCAAUAUAAAUGGUGCACCUUCUCCUUUUAUCUCUAUUUUUAUAUUGCCAAAGCAAAUGAUUAUAUCUCCUGCUCAUCUCUCUGCAUUGUUGUCUGGGCUUCCCACAUGCUUUGUGUUAUGAAUGGACCCACCCCCCCCACAGCAAAGACUUCUUUUUGUAAACAAUUGCUUAUUGAUUAUCAAUGCCAUUUGGCUUCCCUGACCCCACUGCACUUCCCUUUCUCUCUCACAUAUUGCACAUCAAGCAAAUUUGUCACUGUUAUACUAAUACGGAGGACAUGAGAGUUCUGGGCAGUUUCUUUUGCAUGACUGAUUUUUAUUGUUGCAGCAAAACUCAAAAACAAGCCAAUUCAAGCCAAUCUCGCCAAGUAGUUGCCGUAGUUCACUGCAAAUAUCGAUCUUGACAAGUCCUCUGUUCUUGUGUUUGGUAGUAAAAGCCAUUGCAUUUCAACAAAGUGAAAAAUCUAGUAAGAAAAUCUAAUUCAUCUUCACUGCAAAUGUUUAAGAAUAUUUCACUUGUUUCAAGAAAGUUUAUCCCAUUUCACACUCUGAUUGGCUCUGUGGGGUUUAUAGAUUCAAAAAAAGAAUACAAAAAAAACAAAUCCACUUUGUGUUGGCUGUAGAAAUGGCCCUUAUAUCCAAACAAUGCUUCUACUUUCUUUCAGUUUCAUAAUGGCAGAUGCUCCUCACACCAUUCGCUCGUUCAUCUUUUCCAUCUGGGAGCCAAGCAAGCUGGAGAGAGUGUACAGGAUUUGGGUAGUCAUAUACUCAUUCUAAUAGCUCCUCAAUGGUGAACAGAGCAGUGAUAUUCAAAUGAAAAAGGAACUGGCGAUGCUGUUAUUUUAACCCAAGUUGUAUGGAGACCCAGUGCAAUAAGGAGAUGCCAGCCACUUAAUGGCACCCUGAAUGGCGUCAGACUGGUUAAUAGCAUCCUGUGUGUAUAGGCUACGUUCACCAUCACCGCCUAAAGGACAAGCUCAACCCAUUACUCUUGGCUGCUUUCUGUGUGACAGAGGACAGUCACAUGCUACCAUAAAGGUGAAUGCAUCAGCAAUAUCUUCUCAUCAUGUUGCUGUUGCUAUGAGGUUGUUCAGUCGCCCUCUCCUUCAGUGGUUUCUGCAGGUAGUAAAGUGCCAGACUGUUGUCCUCCCAUGGUGCUCAAGGCUCUCUUCUGAACCUUUUGAGACCAUUAAAGUUCGGGGAGGUAAUUUCAUUUUGGCGUCAUUGGGUAAAAAUCCCAUAAUAAGCAUAUUGUAAUUCACGUGGUCUGAGAGAACACUCGAACACUGUUUUCAGGCUUUAUAAAAUCUUCCCAGUGACGGGAGAGCCUGGCCAAUCACAGGUCAUUCUCAGAAAGAAUAGCUGUCAAUCAUGGUGCGUGAACAAAUAUGAAUAAGGAUUCUGUUACUGCAUUGACUGUUUGUUGUCUUAAGUAUUUCCAGAAACAUAUUUUAGUGUACUGUUUAGCUGCCUGCAUUCAUUUUACAUAACCGGGUGGGUGAGAGGCAGGGUACACCCUGGACAGGUCGCUAGACUAUAGCAGGGCUGACACAUAGAGACAGACAACUAUUCAGUCACAUUCACACCUACGGACAAUUUAGAGUCACCAAUUAACCUGCAUGUCUUUGGACUGUUGGAGGAAGCUGGAGUACCUGGAGAAAACCCACGCUGACAUGGGGAGAACAUGCAAACUCCGCACAGAAGGACACCUCCACCCCAGGAACCAAGAACCGUCUUACUGUGAGGCGACAUUGCUAACCACUGCACCACCAUGUUGCCCAUGGUUGUCGUCAUGAUUUCUGCAAAUGCCAUUAGGAGCACUUAAAGGAGGCAAAGGAUUUUUAUUUUUUUUCAUAGAUUAUCUGCCUCAUGUACUACUAUCAGGAUAUAGUGACAUUAGUCAAAAAAAUAGUUACCUAGUGUAGCUUUGAGGGAAUGUCCUUGAAGGUAUACCGUGCAAGAUUGUCAGUUACUGUUUGUAAACAUGCGCUAGCAAAAAUAAAAUUAAAAGCCAACUUCAGAUUCUCUGUCUUUUGGCAUUUUGCCUUGCUAUAUUUGUAUUUUUUGGCGCUGUGUCUCUUGGAUGCCAGCUACUUACAGUCUCGCACCUGGUCGCCACCUAUUGAUAAAGCUCAUCUCCUCAUCUCAUCUUGUAGGGGUACACAUUUAUUAAUGUCCUGAGCCCAGAAAAUAAAAAAUAAAAUAAGGAAAUAUAGCAGAGUUUCUGCUUAAAAAUACACUGCCACACACUUCUAUUAGGUCACAAGUGAUGAUUGAGGGUUGGUUCUGUAUGAGUCUAUAGCUUGUUUUUUAGGAAAAUCCUACAAAUUAUAUCUUUAACAUUUUAUACACUUUUUUAUUAGCUUAGUAAAGAAAUAAAACAAGACAACACAAAUAGCUUGAAUCAGUUCUGCUUAUUACACCGUCUAUGAUUAGCUGUUUGGGGGGGGGAAAUGUAAUUAAGAGCCAAAUAUGCAACAGCUCAUGUUGACUGAUGGAUCAUGUCUCACAAUCCUCUAAUUUAAUGUUGUGUUUUUUUUAAAUAUCCAAACUAAUCCAGUUUACUGUGACAUAUAUGUGGCACACACCUGCUGUGUUAUAAUGUCAAUCAAGCUGUUUUGAGGCAGGCCUUGCCUUCCCAUCCCCCAGUGCAGAGGGGUCCUUGAGGGCGCCUCUCAGGGCAAAUCUAUACAGCCUAUUAACAGAAUGAAUAGGCUUCUGGAAUAAUUAUUUUUCCUCCAUGAUGUAAAAGAGCAACUGCAGUGUGUUAAACAAUGGUGUGUGUUUUCACAUAAAUGGUGCCUCAUUAUUGGAAUUCACACACAAGUCACAACUGAGUAGUAACAACAUGUUUUUCCAGGUUUUCCACUUGAGAGACAGAGAGGCCUUUUAUUAUCAAAGUGGCUAUUGGUAGUUACAGACAGCUAUUAUGGGGAAAAGACAAGGGCAAACAUGCUGUAUAUAGAACUUUAUAGGGCUCCAUUUGCUAACAUGCAAACGUUUUUUCUUUUCCAACCAACAGAUGAAACUAAACUGCACUGCACAAGUGAAAUCAACUCACCUCAUUGAGAGUGUAGGGUUUAAAAUUUGUAUCCAGUGUAGACUGACUCAGAUGUAAGAGUCUAGUAUUAAAGGAGCUGUUGACAACAGUCAGAGCAUUAAUAUAGCAGCAAACAACUACUUGCUAUGUAAAGUUAUAGUGUAGCAAUUGCAUCCUGAGCAGAGAAUGAAGUCACACUCCCUCUGCCUGUUGUAAUCAGAGCUUCCCUGUCUUUGUUGUGGUAGACGGUUCGGCCACAUGUGCAUGCGAGUCCCUGUGUGUGUAUCCAACUGGCUGGCUAAUCACAGCUGCCCUGCACUGCACUGGAACAGUGGUUACCAUAGGUAUGAGGACGCCACCAUUGCUGAAGUGAAGCACCAGCACUCCGAUAUCUCCCAGCUAUCGAUGCUAACAACGUUAGCUUUGUCAGCACCGUUGCUAUUGUUAAGCGCUGUUUAUUGAGUUGAGUUGCUGGCUGCCGACUCGGCCACCUUCAUGUUAAGAACAAGCCCCCAGGGACAGCGCCACAUUUUGAAGCCAAUUUUACAUAGUGGCCAAAUGUGGAACUAUAAUGGCUGUGUCCAUCACGUGUUGACAUGGACACGUUCCCAUAGACUUACACUGUGAAAGAGAUGUCUGUAAAUCAGUGGAUUCUCUCUGAGCAUCACAAACCCCACCAUCAGGUUUGGUCCAUGCAGUCCAAUAACACUUUGAAAGUUUGGAGAGCUGCAAAAUGGAUUAUUAUUAUUAUUAGUAGUAGUGGUGGUAUUUUUUAGGAUUUUUUGGGGUGUUUUUGCAUUUAUUGAUAGGAGAGCCACAGAUUGACAAGAAAGGUGUGAGAGAGUGGACUGCUGCAAAGGACUAGGGUUGCAACCGUAUGAGAUUUACUAUAGCAAUUUCACGGUGUGGUGGUAUUACAGAUAUUUUUAUUAUAAUAAGUCAAAAUAACCCUUAAAGCAAUGAAACUGAAGGGUUAUUUUUGGUUGAAAAAAACUUUACUGAAAUGAAAGUUUAAUGAAAGUUCAUGUAACAGUAAUAAAGUUGAGACUGACCGCUGCAACCCUACUUGAUUUUUUUUAAAUUAAAGUUUGUGUAAAAAGUCUCCCUUUUGAAAAUAACAAAAGUUGAGAAGCUCUGCCCAGUUGCAUUUUUUCAAUGUCAUAGAUAAGCAAAUGUACACAGUAUGAUAACCGUCAAUUUUAAUAUCACUGUAUACCUUAAAACCAGUUGUACCAGUUGUUACCGCUGUAACCCUACAAAGGACUCAGCUUUAGGGGCACACUAUACCAGGUGAGCUAAAGGUGACCCCACCACUCAGCCGCUGUAAGUCUCUAGCACACUUGCUGUAUGGAUCCAACAAUGCAGAAGAUCCCAGUAUUUCAUACUGCUGAAAUUGAUCUCUUGAGCUUCAUGCACAACUGAGCAACUUUCACAGCAACAAUCAAGGCUUGCCUCCAAUGCUUAUACAUUCAUUGUUGAGAACAGUGUGCAGACUAUCCUGCCCCAGACUGUGAAUCACAUAUAUGCAUGAAUGUUGCAUAGCACUCUUUCAAAGUAAAGCACAAUCACUGGUUCAAUGGCCUUGUGUAAUUUCCACCUACUGUAUGGACAAUGUGGUGAUGAUUAUGCUGCUGAGCACCUCACUGAAGAGAGCAGUCAAUCUGCAGCUGAUUGUUGCUCUUCUUUCUUUUCUGUUCCGCCUCUUAUGAUAUUUCUUCUUUUUUUAAAUAUUCUGUUUCAUGUGACCCUCAAACCACCUGAUGCCUCUCUGGACUGCAGAUUAUGAACAAUGUAAAGUGCUCCUACUUAACUCCACCAAGAACACAUUCUUGGCUUCCUUCACUCUUACAUUUAUCCCUCACAAAAAAUCCAUACAAAUGCUUGAGAUGGUUGUUAUGGUUCUCUCUUUAAGCACAAUAAAUAUCUUUGCCAUACAACAAUUCAACCACCUCAAAUUAAUGCUCACCUGCUACAGUUGCCUCUAUGUGCUGAGCAGCAAUGUGCACUUGUGUCAUUCAGCUAGCAGUCUCAAAUGCCAAUCCUUGUGAAACACCUAGUGAUAGUUAGUUUUUAAUCAAGCUCCUGCUUCUGGAGCUCCUAGUUUUCCCCCCGGACGAGCACUUCAGUCCCUUAUUUCUCAUCAGCCUUUCCCAUAAUCCCUUUGGUUCUCUUGAAAUUAGUUUUGAACCAUUGCAGAAGGCCAAUGAACAAAAGAUCCAAUGUGCACAAACAAGGUGAUUUUCUCCAAAGUGAUGACAUGAAGAAAGACUGCAGUCAAUACAUUCAAUCUGCAAUCAAUUAAUAGCUCCUGCUUGCUCUUCUGGCCCGUGUUCUCUCUUUCUGCAUCUUUGUGUUUCUCUUUCUCCCACUCAUCUCUCCAUCUGUUCCUCUGCAGUCAAUUGUUGUUGCAAUUGUACUUAUAUCUAAUAGUCCCUCUCCGCCUUUCAACCCUUUUCAUUCAAUCAAUGCAGAGCAUAUUUUUAGUGUGAAUUACAGCGACUUUACCUCCCUCUCCAAAUUCAUUCUUCCGUCUCUGUCUCCAGCACGUCACUCAUUUGUAAUAACAGUACGAAGCAACAAUAAAUCAAAAUGUCUUUUUGUCCCUCUCACCCUUCCCUCAGCGCAGUCCAAAAAUCACCAGAGCAGAAAAGAAACAUGAAUACAACAAAAAUUUAACUAACAUCUAUCUGCUCUUC